CUCCUCUGGACCAAUAGCAGGGCCCGGAGGUGAUGUCAUGGGGUAGUAGAGGGGCUGUUGCUGAUGCUGCCGCUAGUCUGUAUCCAAGGAGCAAGACUGACAGAGAAACAGCCUGAAAACCCGGAACUACCCCACCAACCCCAUCCACCAUCAUCAACUCAGCCCUGCUCCAGAGGAGGGAACAGCAUUGACCUGAGCUCAACACAGUGGAAUCAUGACCCUAGCAGUGUACAGAGAGAAGUUGAAAGAGCUCCCCCUAGUGUCUCUGUUCUGCUCCUGCAUCAACCCUCAGACCAUCGACUGUAAACCCACAUACAAAGCAGAAGAUGCGGUGGAUCUGGGCUGGUGUGUGAUAAAGGACGUGGAGGUGAUAGAGUUGAACAAGCGUUCUUCGGGCCAGGCCUUCGAGGUCAUCCUGAAGCCUCCGUCAUUUGAUGGCGUCCCAGAGUUCAACGCUACCAUGCCCCAACGCAGAGAACUCUCCAUGGAGGAGAUCCAGAAGAAACUAGAGGCUGCAGAGGAGAGGAGGAAGUGCCAGGAGGCUGAGCUGCUGAAGCACCUGGCAGAGAAGAGAGAGCACGAGAGAGAGGUGAUUCAGAAGGCCUUACAGGAGAACAACAACUUCAUCAAGAACUCCAAGGAGAAGCUGGAGCAGAAGAUGGAGGCCAACAAGGAGAACAGAGAGGCUCUACUGGCGGCCAUGUUGGAACGACUGCAGGAGAAGGACAAACAUGCAGAAGAGGUGAGGAAAAAGGUACUAGCCUUGGCAGAUGUGGUGGAUCUGGGCUGGUGUGUGAUAAAGGACGUAGAGGUGAUAGAGUUGAACAAGCGUUCUUCGGGCCAGGCCUUCGAGGUCAUCUUGAAGCCUCCGUCAUUUGAUGGCGUCCCAGAGUUCAACGCUACCAUGCCCCAACGCAGAGAACUCUCCAUGGAGGAGAUCCAGAAGAAACUAGAGGCUGCAGAGGAGAGGAGGAAGUGCCAGGAGGCUGAGUUGCUGAAGCACCUGGCAGAGAAGAGAGAGCACGAGAGAGAGGUGAUUCAGAAGGCCUUAGAGGAGAACAACAACUUCAUCAAGAACUCCAAGGAGAAGCUGGAGCAGAAGAUGGAGGCCAACAAGGAGAACAGAGAGGCUCUACUGGCGGCCAUGUUGGAACGACUGCAAGACAAGAAAAAACACAGCGAAGAGGUGAGGAAGAAAAAAAGAACUGAAGGAGGAAGCCAGCUGGAAGACGAGUGGAGCGAGGGAGUGGGUUUUGUGAGUCAAUAAAAUCUGAACUAUGAACACAGGAAAUCAAUAUUCAUGUUAAGAAUGUAUACCGUAACGAAUUGGAACAAGUGUACAAAACUAAACUGGGAUUCCACAACACACAACAAAAACAUUUUGAUGAAAUAAAAGAGACAAGGACGUGUCUGUCUGGCAAUGUAAAGUGCACCAGAGUGUGAGUGGAUCUGGGUGUGAAAGGAUGUUUUAAUGACGAUGUUAAUUAUGUGGGGACAGACAGAGUGAAUCUGGUGUUUGUGGUGGAACACAGUGGAGUGGUAGGUUGUCAAUAUGGUGCCUCAGUCAGCGUCGAAACAUACAGUACCACACCCUCAGAGCCCACUAUCCCACUAGCUGACUGAACACACCCUCAGAGCCCAUUAUCCCAGAGCUGACUGAUCACACCCUCAGAGCCCACUAUCCCACUAGCUGACUGAACACACCCUCAGAGCCCACUAUCCCACUAGCUGACUGAACACACCCUCAGAGCCCACUAUCCCACUAGCUGACUGAACACACCCUCAGAGCCCACUAUCCCACUGGCUGACUGAACACACCCUCAGAGCCCACUAUCCCACUGGCUGACUGAACACACCCUCAGAGCCCACUAUCCCACUAGCUGACUGAACACACCCUCAGAGCCCACUAUCCCACUAGCUGACUGAACACACCCUCAGAGCCCACUAUCCCACUAGCUGACUGAACACACCCUCAGAGCCCACUAUCCCACUAGCUGACUGAACACACCCUCAGAGCCCACUAUCCCACUAGCUGACUGAACACACCCUCAGAGCCCACUAUCCCACUAGCUGACUGAACACACCCUCAGAGCCCACUAUCCCACUAGCUGACUGAACACACCCUCAGAGACCACUAUCCCACUAGCUGACUGAACACACCCUCAGAGCCCACUAUCCCACUAGCUGACUGAACACACCCUCAGAGCCCACUAUCCCACUAGCUGACUGAACACACCCUCAGAGACCACUAUCCCACUAGCUGACUGAACACACCCUCAGAGCCCACUAUCCCACUAGCUGACUGAACACACCCUCAGAGCCCACUAUCCCACUAGCUGACUGAACACACCCUCAGAGCCCACUAUCCCACUAGCUGACUGAACACACCCUCAGAGCCCACUAUCCCACUAGCUGACUGAACACACCCUCAGAGCCCACUAUCCCACUAGCUGACUGAACACACCCUCAGAGCCCACUAUCCCACUAGCUGACUGAACACACCCUCAGAGCCCACUAUCCCACUAGCUGACUGAACACACCCUCAGAGCCCACUAUCCCACUAGCUGACUGAACACACCCUCAGAGCCCACUAUCCCACUAGCUGACUGAACACACCCUCAGAGCCCACUAUCCCACUAGCUGACUGAACACACCCUCAGAGCCCACUAUCCCACUAGCUGACUGAACACACCCUCAGAGCCCACUAUCCCACUAGCUGACUGAACACACCCUCAGAGCCCACUAUCCCACUAGCUGACUGAACACACCCUCAGAGCCCACUAUCCCACUAGCUGACUGAACACA